AUGUCAGCGUCAAUUUCGUUCCUUGGCACUGCAAUUGCGUCUUCCCAACAGCUAUGGCUGCGUCCCAAGCUUGUGGGAGUGACGACGACUCUAAGUCCAAGGCCUCAAUCUCAGUCGCUUGUUGUGGAAGCCAAAGCCACCACCAAAAGAGAAGACAGAACCGCCCGCCAUAUUCGUAUCAGAAAGAAGGUUGAAGGGACUCCGGAAAGGCCAAGGUUAGCUGUCUUCCGCUCCAACAAGCAUAUCUAUGCCCAAGUGAUUGAUGAUACCAAGAUGCACACACUUGCUUCAGCUUCAACAAUGCAGAAACCAGUCUCUGAAGAAUUUGAUUACACUGCUGGUCCUACCGUUGAAGUAGCAAAGAAGGUGGGAGAAGUGAUUGCAAAGUCCUGUUUGGAGAAAGGGAUUACAAAAGUGGCCUUUGACCGGGGUGGAUACCCCUAUCACGGUCGUGUGGAAGCCCUUGCUGAUGCGGCUAGGGAACAUGGCCUUCAAUUCUAA